UCCCGAUACAGCAGUCCUCCUACCAUCGAAACUUUCGUAUUGUCUUCCUUUCACGGUAGUGCGCCAUGUCUGCUUUUAACGCAUCUCAGGUUGACCUGAACACGGCGAGCAAGGAAGAUGUUCUGUGCUUCCUUGCUCUGUCAGACAAUGAUUAUAACGGACACCUGGGUGCACGAAUUUCUUCAAUCUUUGUGAUCUUAUUUGUCUCCUCGGCGUUUACCUUCUUUCCUGUCGUCGCCAAAAGCUUACCGUCAUGGAAGAUCCCCUACAGCGUCUACCUGUUCGCCCGUUAUUUCGGUACGGGUGUUAUUGUCGCAACGGCUUUCGUCCAUCUUCUAGACCCAGCAUAUAAGCGGAUCGGACCAAAGACUUGCGUCGGAGAAUCUGGCUACUGGGGCGAAUAUUCAUGGUGUGCGGCAAUCGUCCUAGGCUCGGUCAUGAUAAUUUUCCUCAUGGACCUGGCAGCGGAAGUCUAUGUCGAGCGCAAGUACGGUGUACACAGGGACGAAGAUGCUACAGGGGCCUUUAUCCAAGGUGGACACCAAGAUGUGGCCGCAGUUCACAACUCAUAUGAUCAGGAGAAGUCCGUCCCGCCAGUGCGGACAGUCCCCAUCUCAGACAGUGAAUCAGCAACGGCAGAGCGAUCUUUCCGGCAGCAGAUUGCGGCAUUCCUUAUCCUCGAAUUUGGUAUUAUAUUCCACUCCGUCAUCAUCGGAUUGAACCUUGGCGUCACAGGCUCUGAAUUCGCAACCCUUUACCCAGUCCUUGUGUUUCACCAAUCCUUCGAGGGUCUUGGUAUCGGUGCAAGAAUGUCGGCUAUCCCCUUCGGCAAGCAUACCUGGCUGCCCUGGAUCCUAUGCGCGAUGUAUGGACUCACUACACCAAUCUCAAUCGCCAUUGGUCUCGGCGUCCGUACCACAUAUAACCCUGGAUCUAAAGUAGCAUUGAUUGUACAGGGCGUGUUGAACGCUAUCUCUGCAGGUGUUCUCAUCUACAGUGGGCUUGUGGAACUGUUGGCUCGUGACUUUUUGUUUGAUCCGGAUCGCACUAAGCGACGAAGCCAAUUGUUGUUUAUGGUCUUUUGUACCCUGUUGGGAGCUGGUAUCAUGGCUCUCAUCGGGAAGUGGGCUUAA